UUACAAUUAUGAGACUUAUUAGUAUUUUUCCUAAAUGUAACAUCCAGAUGUAAUUGGCUAUGUCUUUUUCAAAAAACAUUUGUAGUACUACAAAACUUUUUUUACAGAAUGACUGUAAAAGCAGUUAAUUUCUGUAUAAUUUUCAAAAUUACACUUGGGGUCUGGACUAAGUGGAUCUUGAGAUCAAUAAAAAGUCCGGGACUGUUGCCUCUGAAACAUCCUAGGAAGGUGGCCCUUUUAACGUCUGUCAUGCUUAGCACUUAGGAGAUGACCUGAUCCUUUAAAGAAACCUCUCUUUUUUUAUUCAGUCUUCAAAGCGUUAAGUGAAUUUGUCUGGGUUCAUUAUACACCUUCUAGCUCCUAACUUCUCCAACACUUCUCAACCUUCAGUUCUGACUGCAUUCAUUUCAAUUUGUCUACUCUUUUCCAACUAUUUUUAACUAAGGUAAAUUGUCCAAAUUCUCUUUCUCUUCUUCGGAGGUUUUUAGUACUGCUAACAUCUGAGAUACACAACAUUUUUAUGACCCUGUCUCUAUUCACAUGAGCCAUUACCAGGUGGAAAUUCCCAGGUGGGAAAUUUCUCUCAGUUCACAUGGCCCAGGAUGCCUUCAUAAAUACUUUCCUGCACAAUUACAUAAAGGACACGAGCCUAGAAGACCUCCACACAUGUCAGAACCCUAGCGCGUCAAAGAACAAGUAGGCAAUUGUGAGCAAUUUGACAACCAAGGGCCUUGGCCGUUCAUUGGACACAGAGCACGUCAAUCCUUGUUUGUCAGCAAAUGAGCCCAAAGCUCGUGACGAGGGGUCACAGGCCACCGUCAACGGUUCCGCGUCAACAGGCCCCGCCCCUCGACUGUGGCCUGGCUCCACUGCCUGAGGCCCGACUUCCGUCGGACGCUUCCGCCAUUGGCCGUCUACCCUCCCGGCCGUGGGGCCUCCUCUGUGGUCCCUUCCGUGACUGCCUCGGUCCAUCUCACUUCCCUCAGCCUCCUCUCAGGGCAGCCACUUCGGGUGCCACCACCUGCGCCAUUGCCAUCGUCCCCCGCCCGGCUGAGGUAACUGGCGGCUGCCAUGUCUACCACGGGGGAUGGGGAUCUGGCCCCUGGCGGGCAGGAAGGCCCUGCAGGUGCGGCGGGGGCCCAGGCCGGAGCCCGCGACGGUGUGGACCACAACUCCGAGCCUCGCAGGGGUGACUCCAUGCCUGAUGUUGAGGCGGGUGGAGACGUGGGGGCCUCAGGAGGCCCGAGGGAGGCGGCCCUGGAGGGUGGGAACUCUGAGGAAGACUCGGACAUCGAGACGGCCGAGGAGGGGGAGGAAGAGGUGCAGGCGCAGGGCGUGAACCUCAUGGUGGACUCGCAACACUUCUCCAUGACCCGCUCCCGCUUAACGGUCCUGAGUCAGAGGUACCCGAUUCUGAACCGUAUGUACAAAAACCACAUCCUAGUCCCGCCAGAGGAUGACCACGUGUCGGUCCGGCACCAGACCCGGCCGCGCUUGUCCAACCUCGGCUCAGCCACUGUGGCUCGGUUCUCUGAGGUCCAGGUGCACUCAGAUGGACCGGGGGAGGGGCCAGUGGGGGGACCGGCGCAGGAAGCCCUGGCUCAGGAGGCGGAACAGGCAGAGGAAGCCCAGGAGGCGGCGGAGGAGGCCGAGGAGGCCUCUUUAUGGGAGACGGCCACCAAGGAGUCUGAGGAGCACAGCUUGUCGGAGAUGCCACAGGAGCCGGCCACCCCUGAGAAAACAGCUGAAUGCCAGGAUGAGAACUCCAAAGAAGAGGCGCAGGGCAGCAAAAGUGAGGGGAAAGAAAAGAAGUAUAAGAGGAAACAAGAAGAACCAGAAAAGGAUCUGGACCCAGCAAAGGACUGGCCCAGAAAGCCCAGGUAUCUGUGUAUAGCUUUGAAAAUAACCCAGCUAUUCCCAGGCAUUUACCAAUUUUGUUUUUGCUUUUUAAUUCUCGGAGUAAAUUAAGAAAAUGUUUGUUUGAAAUUAGUUCAACAACUCAAAUUUACCUAAUGUUUAUAGAACAGUUCUGCAGCCAGUAAUAUAAAGAGCAUGAAGUGAAAUACACUUCAUGGCUUCUCAUUUGUUCUUAUGAGGUCUUUGGUCCUCUAUCUCUAAGACUACCAACAAGUUGUAAAUGUGUCAGUACGUAAGACCAGUAUUUCUUGAGAAAACAGUGACGAAAAGCAGCAGCAACUGGGCUGUGCACUAGUUUGGCCUUCAUGUCUUGACCACAGAAGUGCAGUCUCCUGCACUAAGAGAAGACAUCUUUUAGAACGUAACUACUUACGAAUAGCAAAAAGCUCAGAAUUUCAAGAAGGACCACAUUUAGUGAUUAAUACUUAAAUAUUUGCUCGGUUAUAGAUUUCUGUAUUUUAUGUGACAGUCAAAAGGAACAGUCAUAGGAUGACUGUUGUUUAUCACUGAGUUGGUAGUGAAGGUAUAUGUACUGUCUUUUAAUGAUUAACAUUUUCUCCCUCGUUUGCAUAGUGAUGUGUUUCAUAAUAACAGCCUCUUUCUCAUACGGUAGAUAUGGAAACCGAGGGUCUGGGAGGGUAAGGGAGUAUCAUCUGUGGAGUGAGCACAGGCUUUUAAGGUAGAAAGAGUGAUUUUAGUCCCAGACUAGCCUCUCAAAGGAAGGGGGAAAAAAAAGCAUUUAUGGUUGUGGGCAAGAGGGAGACAAGGUUGGUAGGAUCACAUGAUUGAAGCCAUCGGGUUGUACAUGCACCCAGUGUCCAGGGUGAAUUUUACAAGAGGAAAAUGUGUUUUUCUUCUCUCCUUGUUGAGAUACAACCCUCAGAUGCAGCAGAUAUACAUGAGGCUGACUGUUGUCUUAGAUUUAGAAAGUUUCUGGUGCUGACUGAUGCUGUAUAAUCGUUCCUUUUCUCUCAUUUCUUCCUGCAGUUUGGAAGA